UUCAACAAUUCAGGAGCUAGUGACCAAAAGCGUUCGGUGUAAAGUGGCAAAAGGCAUAUUAACUUGUGCAGUGGUGAAUUUUAAAGUGAAGCCAUCGAACGGUCAAUUGAUGGUACAAGAUCAACAUUUCGUUAGAUGCAGACAACCUUAGCGACCGAAGCAUAAGCAUCCGAGAGCCUGACGUCAUGGAUUGCCUGCUCAUAGGGCUGAUGUGUUUUCUGGCCAGCAGUGGCUUUACAGUAACAGCGCUGUCCACCGUGGAACGUAGCCCAGCGUUCAAUUUCCCCCAGGACGGUGCAACUCCCGGCAAUGACCUCACGCGACAGGCUGCCAUUAAUGUGAGCAACGGCAUUACCAGCGGUGUCCUUACGGGUGUCGUGCCACUGCAGACAGGUAUUCUCCCGAACAUUGUUAACACAGGGACACCGACCGGCCAGACGUGCGUCUGUGUACCAACGGGCCGGUGUAACACGACGAGCACCGGUGGCACGACGGACGGUGCCGGCCAGUUGGAUGUGAGAAUUGUUUCGAAUCCAAGCGCAAAUACGGGUGUAACGCUGGGCACGACGACGACAACCACGACCAACACAGUCGCCUCAGUGAUAGCGCUCAAUAUCGCUUCACCCGCGACCUGCCAAUCGGGACUGGAGCGAUGCUGCCUGGCCGGUAGCUACCAGUGCGGCAUGCAGUACCCCCCGAUUGCCAACUCGCCCGCCGUCACCGCCAACCAGGCCAGCUACGGUGAGUAUCCCUGGCAGGUGGUGCUGCUCGGGCCGGGUGACGUUUACGUCGGCUCCGGCGCACUCAUCGACAAUCUGCACGUGCUGACCGCGGCGCACAAAAUAUCGGACUACACCUCCGGCACCCGGGCGCUGAAGGUGCGGCUCGGCGAGUGGGACGCAGCCUCCACGACGGAGCCCCUGCCGGUGCAGGAGUUUACCGUGGCGCGAUACUUUGUGCACCCGAACUUUAACUCGGCCAACCUGCGCAACGACAUUGCCAUUUUGCGCCUUUCCGGCACGGUCGGCCUCGGUACGACGCCAACGAUUGCGACGGCCUGCCUGCCGGUCACGUCGUUCGUGGGCAGCCGCUGCUGGGUGUCCGGCUGGGGCAAGAACGAUUUCGUCAGCGGCGCCUUCCAGUCCAUCCCGAAGGAGGUGGACGUACCGAUCGUCAACUCGGUCAACUGCCAGACGGCCCUGCGCACGACGCGGCUCGGUGGCAACUUUGUGCUCGAUACGACCAGCUUCCUCUGCGCCGGGGGUGAGCUGGGCAAGGAUGCGUGCACGGGGGACGGCGGAUCGCCGUUGGUGUGCGCGCUAAACAAUCGCUGGUACGUGGUGGGCCUGGUAGCGUGGGGCAUCGGUUGCGGUGCAAACGGCAUACCGGGUGUGUACGUUAACGUUGCGUCGUACAUUACCUGGAUCACGUCUACAAUUGCGACGGUUUGAGGCCUUCCUUUCCUCCUUUCCUUUUUCUUUGUUAACAUUGAGGGUAAAUUUAAUUUUCAAGUUCCUAGCUGCUAGUUUUACGUAUCUGUCAAUGAAAUUUCUCCUCACAAAACAUCACACAGCUCGGCUAAACCCCACACAGAGACAAAGAGAGAGUGAUAUUCACGUAAUGGAAUUAAUAAAAAAAAAUGUAACAAUUCUA